AUGUCAACGUUACUGCCGGUCUUCAAUGCAGAAUCGCAAGGAAACAGGCCACGGAGUCCAGCCCGCUACGCUUCCACCUCCUCCUCGAUAACGUCCUCCUACUCCCUCCUCAGCCCCCAACAGACCGCCGAGCGUUUGAAGACUUCCGUCUCUCAGGGUUUGCUACGGACCGAAGCACAUGCGCGAUUGGCAAAGGAUGGGCCCAACGAACUGCCCCAUGAAGAGGAGGAGCCGUUAUGGUUGAGGUUUCUCAAGCAGUUCAAGGAGACGCUGAUCCUUCUGCUCCUGGCAUCUGCCGCCAUCUCACUCUUCAUCGGUAACAAGGAUGAUGCUGUCAGUAUUGCUCUUGCGGUCACCAUCGUUGUCACCGUCGCUUUUGUGCAGGAGUACCGGUCGGAGAAGUCCUUGGAGGCCCUGCAUCGCCUGGUCCCCCAUUAUGCCCACGUCAGACGAUCGGCACCUAGGUCGACCACGUACACGACUAGGAAUCAAGCUGCUGAAAAUGAAGCAAUUGAAAUGGAGCCGUUGGCAAACGGUGCUGCGCUUCCACCUGAGGAAAAGUCGUCUACCACAAUCCCUGCAUCCCAACUCGUCGUGGGAGACCUAGUUAUCUUUGCCACCGGCGACCGCAUACCUGCCGACAUCAGAAUCACUCACGCUGCCGAGCUGACAAUCGACGAAUCCAAUCUGACCGGUGAAAAUGAGCCCGUGGAAAAGUUCCCUACCGCUCUGGACCCAACAAUUCAGAGGUCAGAGCACCAUGGCACACCCGAACCAUACAAUGCAGCUGGCACGGUGGGCGCUGACGUGCGCCUCAAUGAGCAGCACAACAUUGCGUUCAUGGGAACUCUGGUGCGGUCAGGUCACGGGGAGGGCAUCGUCAUUGCAACCGGAGGAAAGACCGAGUUCGGGACGAUUUCGUUGUCUCUUCAGGAAAUCGAGGCCCCUCGGACACCUCUGCAGCAAUCGAUGGAUUUGUUGGGAAAGCAACUCAGCUACAUGUCCUUUGUCGUCAUCGGAGUAAUUAUAAUCAUUGGUCUUGUUCAAGGCAAGAAGCUGUUGGAUCUGUUCACCAUCGGAGUGUCUUUGGCCGUUGCCGCAAUUCCUGAAGGCUUGCCCAUCAUCGUCACCGUCACUCUUGCACUUGGGGUGUUACGAAUGGCCAAACGCGGAGCGAUCGUUCGGAAGCUGCCGAGCGUCGAAACACUAGGUUCGGUAAACGUGGUCUGCAGCGACAAGACGGGGACAUUGACCCUCAACCACAUGACCGUGACCAAAUUGUGGCAUUUCGACGUAGGCAAGCCAUUCUCUGCCGAUCCCACAGCCGUACUUACAUCCGCCACUAAAACCAUUCUCCGAAUUGGCAAUAUCGCAAACAAUGGUCGACUUUCUCAGAAUGCAUCCGGGACCCCUGCUACUGCUGCCUCUGCUGCGGUGCUGUCCUCUACUAGAGAUAGGUCGUCUACAGUCACCAAGAGUCGAUGGCUGGGCCAGCCCACCGACAUAGCCAUGCUCGAUUUGUUGGAUGCGCAUGGUGAAGACGAUAUUCGUGAAAAGAUUGGGCCGCGAACGAGCGAAACACCAUUUAGUUCCGAGAGAAAGUGGAUGGGCGUCGUUAUUGGCAGCGCUCUAGGCGAGAUGACCAACGGCUAUGGGCUAGGUUCGGAGACGGCUUACAUCAAAGGCUCUCUGGAACAAAUUUUGAUCAGGUCGGACACGUAUUUGACCAAGGAUGGUCAAGAAGUCGUCCUCGACGAGAGUCGUCGGAAAGAAGCUCAUGCGGCGGCGCAAGCAAUGGCUGAGGAGGGACUCAGGGUGAUUGGAUUUGCGAGUGGCGUCCUCAGGAACAAGACAUGGCAGAACAGCAGAAGUUCCACGCCAACCUCGGGAAAUAAGAAGUCCGUCGAGCUAGAAACGGAUGUCUUUACCAGCCUAUGUUUUGCUGGGCUUGUUGGGAUGAAUGAUCCUCCACGAAAACAUGUGAACAGAUCUAUACGACGGUUGAUGAAUGGAGGAGUCAAAGUCAUUAUGAUCACUGGCGAUGCAGAGACCACUGCGGUGGCGAUCGCGAAGAACCUCGGAAUGCCAGUCAACCCUGCAAGUUCAGCUUCGAGGUCCGUGCUCCGAGGCGAUGAACUUGAUCGCUUGUCAGAGCAAGAAUUGUCGGAAGCUAUCGGCAAGACAAAUAUCUUUGCUCGGACUAGCCCAGACCACAAGAUGAAGAUUAUUCGAGCUCUCCAAGCGCGGGGAGACGUGGUCGCCAUGACCGGAGAUGGGGUCAAUGAUGCUCCAGCGCUCAAAAAGGCCGAUAUUGGAGUUGCCAUGGGAAGGCUAGGAACAGAUGUGGCCAAGGAGGCGGCCGAUAUGAUCCUGACUGACGACGACUUCUCCACCAUUCUCCGAGCCAUUGAACAGGGAAAGGGCAUCUUCUUCAAUAUUCAGAACUUUAUCACUUUCCAGUUGAGCACGAGCGUCGCGGCGCUGAGUUUGGUCCUUCUCAGUACCAUGUUUGGUUUCAAGAAUCCGCUCAAUGCCAUGCAGAUUCUUUGGAUCAAUAUACUCAUGGAUGGGCCUCCUGCUCAAUCACUCGGGGUUGAACCAGUCGAUCCCCUGGUGAUGAUGCAGCCACCACGACCUCGAAAUGCGAACGUACUGACCAAACGACUCAUCCGCCGCGUCUUGACAUCCGCCUCCCUCAUCAUGAUGGGCACUCUUUUCAUCUAUCUCCGAGAGAUGGUGGACAUUGACGAUCCGUCGGUCGACCCGUCGGUGGUCAACUCGACGCCUCUCCGCACGCGGGUGGUGACCAAACGCGACACCACCAUGACCUUCACGACGUUUGUGCUUUUUGACAUGUUCAAUGCGCUGACUUGCCGCUCGGAAUCCAAGUCGGUGUUGUUUGGCGAAAUCAAGCUCUUUGGAAACAAAAUGUUCAACUAUGCGGUCGCGGGCAGUCUCGCGGGCCAACUCUGUGUCAUAUACUUGCCAUUUUUGCAACGGGUGUUUCAGACCGAGGCGCUGGGUCUGUGGGACCUGAUCUCGCUGGUGUGCAUCAGCAGUACCGUGUUUUGGGUUGACGAAUUGAGGAAAUGGGCCGAAAGAAAGAGGAGUUCUGGACGCAUGCCGAGUGUUGGGUAUUCGGCCAAUGUAUAG